GCGAUCGAUCCACCCCAUCCACGGCUUCCAUCCCAUUCCCGAAUCUCACUUCGCACUUUGAAAACAAAACGCCCCCAUCUCCCCCUUCUCCUCCAGGUGCUCCACGCCGGCCGCCGCCGCGCAUAGGUCAGCCCAUCGCCCGAUCCAUCGAUCCCGUUCCAGCGACAGCGACGGCGCUGCUGCAAGGUCGCGGUCGCAGGAUGGUGGUCGGUUUCCGCCGCACGAUCUCGUUCCCCGCGCCCAAGUCCGCGCCGGCGGCGGGGUCGAACGGGAAGUCCGCGGCCGGCUACCGCGUCCGCUCGGCGAGCCUUCCCUGCAGGUUCCACCCCCUGGUGCUCCAGCUCGACGAAGACGUCGCGGCGCUGCGCGAUCUGGCGGGGGGCCUGGCGUCGGCCGCGACGGCGCGCUCGAUCGCGGAGGCCGCGGAGCAGCUGGGGCGGGUGCUGGUGUCGCUCUCCGAGCUGCUCCACCACCCGCAGGCCCAGGAGCCGCUGCGGCGGCUCGGCCGCUCGCCGUUCGCGGAGCGGCUGCUCGACGACUUCCUCCGCCUGGCCGACGCGCACGGCAGCUUCCGCGACGUGCUGGUCGCGCUCACCGCGCUCCAGGCCGAGGCGCGCGCGGCGCUGCGGCGCGAGGACCCGGCGCGCCUGGCGUCCGCCGCGCGCGGGCUUCGUCGGUCCGGCCGCGACCUCCCGCGGAUCGCCUCCUCCGCCCGCGCCGUGGCCGGCAAGGCGCCGCCUCCCGCGCCCGCCGGCCUCCCGUCGGACGCGGCCGCUCUUGCCGCCGCCAUCGUCGACGCGGCGGCGGCCGUCGCGUCUGCCUCGGCCGCGGUCUUCUCUGGCGUGUCCGCCCUGUCCAUUGCCGCCGCCACGGCCCGCGUCGACGUCGUCAGCGCACCGUGCUGGAUGCCCUCUCCCGCAAGGUUCGCCUCCUCGUCGGCCGCGCCGAGAACCGGCCACCACAUCGUCACCACCAAGCCGUCGUCCAUGCGCAUAUGGUGGGUCGCUGACCUGAUGCGCUGGAUGUCGCGCGCGAAGCGCCGGUCGGCGAGCAAGCAGGAGGCCAACGACGGCUCCUCCGCCAAGCAGCCCCAGCCCGACGCGGCCCUGGUUGACCUAGACCCGGAGGAGGAGGACCGGAAGGCGGCGUUUGAGCGCAUGGACAACCUCGGACGGUGCAUUGCGGACGUGGAGAACAGCGGCGAGAGCGUCUUCCGGGCCCUGGUCAACACCAGAGUCUCCCUGCUCAACAUUCUCAGCCCAAGCUUCUGAAGAAUAGCAAUCCCCGGACGUUGGAGCCAUAAACAAUCUCGACUUAUGUGAUGAAAUUUGUAUAUAGAAAAGGGCAGUGUUUUUAGAACGGAGGCUCAAGAAGAGCCCGACUUUGAAUUAACAAAGCCAUCAACCGGCCAGGGAUUACACAAGGCCACCAAUACAACCAAUUGGAAACAGAAAAGAAAACAAACUGCAGGUACACGGUGAUGCCGUACACAAGGCCACCAAUACAACCAACUGGAAACAGAAAAGAAAACAAACUGCAGGUACACGGUGAUGCCGAAGCAGCUUACAAGCACCAAAGACUACACGCCCUAUAAAAGUAAACAGAAUAAGCACUAGCUUGUAGUCAACGGAGUCCUCCAAGUGAACUAUGAUCAGUAGGACAAACAGAGGGGAACUUCGGGCGGAGCCAUUGCCCACCGUCGAUGAACCGAGCCCUCAUCUACCCUGGAAGGUGCACAUCGAAACCAUGCCGCUCCUCUCCAAAUCCGGAGGGGACCCCUGCCCCUCGCCUUGGCUCGAAAGGCGCCGGACCGCCGGAAGAUGGAAUUGCCCUCCCAGAGCAAGGAAAGGGCAUGAUUCUGGGCACCAAGGGAGAUACUCAGCUCGACACGGCGCUGCACGAAGGGUACCAGAUGAAAGUCCACACCGCAGCCCACUGAUACAAGCACGAAGAGGAAAAACUGCACAAGGGAGCUGUCACUGAACAAACAAACAGCAAGGAGAAAAUGGAGCAUCCAUAACUGGAA